UAAGCCAUGAAAGUGGUCAAGGUAACAAACCGUUUUCAAACACAUAAAAGCAGAAAAUGGCUAAAAAGAAGGAAACUAAUAACAAACACGUUCCCCUGCAGUCUGCACCACCAUCCCAUGCCAUAAUAUAUCACACUCACUUUCAUCACUCUUAACACAUUCUCAGAAUAACACAAACGGUUCCACAUUCCUAAACACAAUGACUACUUCCUCGCAUCACUUCAUUUUCUUCUGCUUUCUACUCUCCAUCUCUGUCUCAGGUGUUGUUACAUAUGGAAAAGGGAUUCAACUGAUAAUAGUAAACAAUUGCAAAGAGAGUGUAUGGCCAGGAAUUCUUAGCAAUGGAGGACAGCCUUCAAUUAAAGAGGGUGGAUUUCACCUCCCAAGCGGGGAAGAAAUUGUUCUCCAAGUUCCAAACAAAUGGUCAGGUAGAAUAUGGGGUAGACAAGGAUGUUGGUUCGAUGAAACAACGGAAAAAGGUUUAUGUCAAACCGGAGACUGUGGAGGGGUUUUGAAAUGCAGGGGAGUAGGUGGUGUCCCUCCGGCUACACUUGUAGAAAUGACACUUGGAACAUCUCAAUCAGCUAUGCAUUACUAUGAUGUUAGUUUGGUGGACGGUUUUAACCUUCCAAUGUCAAUGAAACCAGUUGGUGGUGGUGGUGGUGGUGGUUGUGGUGUUGCUUCUUGUGAAGCUGAUUUGAAUGCUUGCUGUCCAUCUUCACUUGUUGUAAAACAUGAUGGAAAAGUUGUGGGAUGUAAAAGUGCUUGUUUGGCUACAAAAUCAGACAAGUAUUGUUGUAGUGGGGAAUUUGCUGAUCCAAAUAUUUGCAAGCCAACUUUGUUUGCUCGUGUUUUUAAGACAGUUUGUCCUCGUGCUUAUAGUUAUGCUUAUGAUGAUUCAACUUCCCUUAUGACUUGUUUGGCAAAACGUUAUGCCAUUACAUUUUGCCCUGCAUGAUCAGUUCUUUUUUCACUUCUCUUUAAUUUUUAUUUUAUUCUUUUCAUAUGUUAUUGUCACAAUUUUUGUUUGGUAUUGUUUUAGCAAUCUUUAAGGUUAGUGAUUCACAGUGCUCUGUCUUCUGGAAUUUUGAUUUUGGCUUGUAACAUGUUCAAUCAUUUCAAUUAUUGAUUCAAUUUCUAAUGCUGAGCCAAUCAACACUGCUAUU